AUAGGGAGAGAGAAAGAGAGGUUGAGGCAAGUACUGUCUCAGCACAUAAACAGCAUUUUCCCACAAAUUCUUUCCUAACCUUUUCCUAAUUUUCCCUUUGUUAUACGCAUGCUUUCUGUGGCCACUUCCUAUACCAUUAUUCUGUCAUCUUCCUUUCUCUUCUCUUCAAUUUCUUCUCUUCUUUCAACAACUUCCACACUUGUGAAUUCAUGCUGCAACCUAUGAUUUUUUCAAUUCUGAGUCUUUUUUCUAUGAUUUCAGGGUAAUUUCUACCGUGUUUUAUUGGUUUGGGUUAGCAACUUUUGUUUGGAAUUGGAUCCAUGUCUAUGCUUCUUCUGUAGAUGAUGAUGUAUAGAUGAAGCAGCUUGAGGGGUUUGUUGCUUUUUCUAUUUGAUGAAAGUUUUAUAAUUAAAGUUAGGAUUUUUAUGUAAUUGCUUCAAUUGGGUAUUUAAUUGUGUAAUUGCUUCAAUUGGAUAUUUAAUUCUAGUGGAUUUGGAAUCUGGGUAUUUAUUUAUAGUUUUGUUAGGGUAGGGGUUUUGAGUUAUGAAUAUGGAUUCUAGAUUUGAGGGGAAAAAUCAGUAUUUAUAUGAACCAGUAGUGCCUGAGAUGAAGAGUGUUGGUAAGGUGAGUUUGGAUUGGAAUUUGAAUGAUUGGAGAUGGGAUGGUGAUCUUUUUACUGCUAAGCAACUGACUUCAGUGCCAACAGAUUGUAGAAAUCGGCAAUUAUUCCCGGUUGACCCCGAAAUACCUACAAAUAUUGUUGAUGGUUCUAUCAAUUUGACUUGUGGCGAAGGAAGUAGAGAAUUGGAGAAGAGGAGGAGGGGUGUUGUUGUUGAUGAAGGGUUGGAGAUGGAUGAUGAAAUUGGUUCUCUUCAUUUGAAUCUUGGGGGUCAAGUUUACCCUAUCAUGGAAGGGGAUGAAAAAAGUGGAAAGAAGACAAAGAUUACAUCUGUGACUACUUCGAUGAGUCGGGCUGUUUGUCAGGUGGAGGAUUGUAGGGCGGAUCUUAGUAAUGCGAAGGAUUAUCAUCGUCGCCACAAAGUUUGUGAUGUGCAUUCUAAGGCUAGCAAGGCGCUGGUGGGAAAUGUUAUGCAGCGAUUCUGUCAACAGUGUAGCAGGUUUCAUGUUCUUCAAGAGUUUGAUGAAGGAAAGAGAAGUUGUCGUAGGCGUCUUGCAGGUCACAAUAGGAGGAGGAGGAAGACACAUCCUGAUGCUGCUUUAGUUAAUGGAGACUCUCCUAAUGAAGAAAGGGGAAGUAGCUAUAUUUUGAUGAGUCUACUAAGGCUACUCUCCAAUAUGCAUUCAAACGGCCCAGAUCAUAUGAGAAACAUCGAUGUUCUAUCUCGUCUGAUUGGGAACCUGGCAAGUGUUGCUGGUACGAUAAACGGAGGAAACGUAGCUGGUAUGAUAAAUGGAAGAAAUACUGCAUCCCUAUUGGAGGUACCUCAAGAUUUAGUAAAAGCUGGAACAUCUGGAGCUGCACAGAAUGUUCCAAACACAAACUCAAAUGGUCCUGAACCAUCCAGACCUUUUGAUUCUUCUACCGAAACGAGAAACGGUCUAAUCCGUCAAGACCCUCCAGAGUCUAGGUCACCGUGUGAGACAGUUCCUACCAAUCAAACAGUGCAAAAAUGUAUACCUUCGGGAUGUGUCGGAGUAGGAUGUUCAAAUUCUCGUUUGAUACCACAGUCCUCAAAUGUACUUCCUUCAAGGGGCGGCCUUCCACCCCGACCAGUUGCCGCAGAGACUACAGCUGGAAGAAACAGAUUGACUAAUAUCGACCUGAAUAAUGUAUACAAUGACGUGCAGGAUUCUAUGGAGAACCCCGGAAAUUCUCCUCAUCAACCUUAUCAUCCUUCAUCGGUACAAUGUGACUCUCUCAAGUCAAGUCCACCACAGACAAGUAGAAACUCGGAUUCAACCUCUACUCAGUCACCAUCUAGUUCUAGCGGUGAAGGCCAGAGUCGAACAGAUCGAAUUGUUUUCAAACUCUUUGGCAAGGAUCCUAAUGAUUUCCCCGUUGUUCUUCGAUCACAGAUCCUUAACUGGUUAUCCCACAGUCCGACAGAGAUAGAGAGCUAUAUAAGGCCUGGCUGUAUUAUUUUAACUAUAUGUCUCCGCCUAGAAAAUUCUGCAUGGGAUGAGCUAUGCUAUAAUCUUGGAUCCAGCUUGAGAAAGCUUAUUGCUUCAUCAAAUGAUUCUCUUUGGAGUACAGGAUGGAUAUAUACAAGAGUGCGGCACUCUGUAGCUAUUCUGUAUAAUGGUCAAGUGGUCUUAGAUGUUCCGUUGCAUCUUGGAAGCCCACAAAGUUGUCAGAUAUUGUGCGUGAAACCACUUGCUGUUUCUGCAAGUGCAAAUGUAAAAUUUAUUGUGAAAGGGUUCAACCUUUUCCUGUCUAGUGCAAGGUUGCUCUGCGCACUUGAGGGGAAGUAUCUGCUACAGGAUAGGUGUUAUGAUUUGAUUGAUGGUGGUGAUGCAGCCAUUGGAGAUCAUGAGCUUCAGCAACUCAGCUUCUCUUGUCAUAUACCGAAUAUGACUGGAAGAGGGUUUAUUGAGGUUGAAGAUAACGGUUUUGGCAGCUGUUCCUUUCCAUUCAUAGUUGCAGAGGAAGAAAUUUGUUCAGAGAUAUGUACGCUAGAGACUGUCAUUGAGGCAGCCGAGACUGCCGACGACAUCCAGAUCAAAACCAAAUUAAUGGAAGAAAAGACUCGAGCAAUGUAUUUCGUACAAGAAAUGGGUUGGCUCCUUCAUAGAAUUCGUGUAAAAUUUAGGCUAGGGCCAAUGGCACCUGUUCAAGAUCGCUUUCAUUUUAAUCGGUAUACAUCGCUUGUUGGCUUCUCUAUGGACCAUGAUUGGUGUGCUGUGACAAAAAAACUAUUGGACAUAAUCUUUGAGGGUGAAGUUGAUACCGGAGAACAUACCUCUGUGGAGCUUGCAUUGUUAAACAUGAGUCUUUUACACAAAGCUGUAAAGAGAAAUUGUAGGCCUAUGGUAGAACUACUGUUAAACUUUGUGCCGGUUAAAGCGUCCGAUGGUGGAGACAGUAAAGAGAUGCAAGUCAACAAGUCCACUGACAGAUUCUUGUUUAGACCCGAUACCGUUGGGCCUGCUGGGUUGACUCCCCUACAUGUUGCAGCAAGUAUGAAUGGCUAUGAGAAUGUGUUGGAUGCAUUAACUGAUGAUCCGGGAAUGGUCGGACUCGAAGCAUGGAAAAAUGCAAAGGACGGUACAGGUUUGACACCAAAUGACUAUGCAUCUCUUAGGGGCCACUACUCCUACAUUCAACUUGUGCAGAGAAAAACAAGCAAGAACUUCCAAACUCAACACGUGCUCGACAUCCCAAGCACGCUCGUUGACGCAAACAUGAAGAAGCAAUCAGAUGGCCCUAAAUCAUCAAAAGUUUCAAGUUUUCAUACAGAGAAGGUUGCAACAACAUCAACACCAAAUCAUUGUGGUCUCUGUCAGCAGAAGUUGGCCUACGGCGGUGGCCGCAUGAGGAGGGCACUUGUUUAUCGACCGGCGAUGCUGUCAAUGGUUGCCAUUGCAGCUGUUUGUGUCUGUGUGGCUCUGCUCUUCAAAAGCUCACCAAAAGUUUACUAUGUUUUCCAACCUUUCAGCUGGGAAUCAUUGGAGUAUGGAUCAAUCUAAUGUUCUUUUACAUCAGAUGUUCCUUGCACUAAUAGAUUUGAAUUUUUCUUUUUGGAAGAGUGAAAGUCUUGGUUCAUAGUAUAUUACAUCAAUAUUGUAUUGAAGUUUCAUCCAAAAAUAAUUUUCAGUAUGGUAUCUAUCAAUUGUUAGGUAAAUGAGGUUAUUAGGUCAUAUAUAUAUAUGCAUUGGCAAGAUAGUAAGCCUAGGACACCUUUUGUAUUAGUCAAUAAAUGUAAAAAAUUAUUACAGGUCAGUAUUUUUAAACUAUCAUGAUUUAAUGAUGCUAUUAUGAAAGAUAGAUAAGCUACUAGAUGUAGUAGACUAGUGAUGAGAGAAUUAUACAAUUUGGUGGUGAAUGUAGAUUGAAUUUUGGUGUCAUUAUGCACAAA